GCUGUAAAUAAGUGUUUUCCCACAGUAAUAUUUGAUAUCUUGAGUAUCUAGUUCAUGGAGGCUCUUAAUAAUUCAAGUAACUGGUAAAGCCAUUGUGAAUUGAAAUAGUAACACAUAGGGUGUAAGAUUGUAAUCUGAAAUUGUAGAUUGGACAUGUGAUCUUCACAUUGCUAACAUGGUAAUGUAUUUCCAUCAGAUGUUUGAUGCAUAUGGCAAUCAUGUUGUAGAAGGCUUGAAAAUUCAAUUCCACUUGGAUGGUUUUAGCAUCCAAGGUCAGAUAGGCUCAAAGUAUAAGGUACCUGAGCACUGCAUUGCUGGUUCUACACUGAAAAAUUUAGGUUUUGAAGUUGUAGACUCCAAAGGGGCUAUUGAUAAAACAUUUCACGCUGAUGAAAGGCGUGGCUUCUGCUACAUCAUUUCUUUUCCCCUUCCCCAAAUUGAAGGGCCCCUUUGUUUCAAAGCUUGUCAUUCUCGUUACACUGAGGUAUAUUGCAAUGUCAAGGUUAGACAAAUCUUGUGUGUCUACUUUGUGAGUACCAGUUCCACAUCAAAUUUGCUGAUUUCAUUGUGCGUGCUCCAAAAGUUGAGUCCAAUGAGAUUGAGGCCCCCUCUUCAGAUGGAAAGGUCUUAUUCUUGCAGAACUCACCAUCUGUCAAUAAUGACAGAACUAGAAAGUGAAUUGUGCAAAUAUGGUGGGCGCAUUGCCAGAUGUGAAAAUCAACUGAACAAUCUUGAUUGUCAGAAGAAAAAUGGCGAGAGCUGUAUGUCUGGGUUGCAAGCUUCUCUGGAACCUAAUUUAUUGAACAAUCUGGACUAUUUGUCCGCAAAAGAAGAAAUGAUGAAACUGAUUGAGGGAAGAGAUGAUUCUGCAGCUGCUAUUCUCUGCAGUCUCACUCAAGGACCAGGGAUGCAUGUCCUGGAAGAUGUAGUAGGUGUGGUAGCCCUACUUGGAACAGUUUGCACCAUUAAGCUUAGCAGGAUUUUAGCUGAGUACUUGGGUGAAGAUCAAAUGCUUGCUGUUGUGCUCAAAUCCUAUGCAGCUGCAUGUGCUUUUGAGCAGUAUGAGCGUGAUGGAGAAGUUGAUUCCAAUGGCAGAUUUCAUGUUGUUUGCCUUGAGGAUGUACGGCCUUACAUCGGAGAGGUUGACAUCAGUGACCCUCAAAGGAAGCUAGUCUUACCAGAUCCUAGGUUACCAAAUGGAAACCACCCUCCUGGUUUUAUUGGUUAUGCGGUUAAUAUGGUUAACCUAGACCAUCCUCAUAUAGAUUACAUGACUGCUUCUGGCUGUGGUCUGCGGCAAACUCUAUUCUACAGACUUUUUAGCAAGCUUCAAGUGUAUGAAACAAGGGAACAUAUCGAAAAUGCUCCUGCUUGUUUAAAACAUGGUGCUUUGUCUCUGGAUGGAGGGAUUCUAAGAAAAAAUGGUGUUUCAUCUCUUGGAUACAGGAAUCUGGAAAUAUAUUUUCCAGUUCAAAUGCAUGUCUCUCCAAGAAGCAAGGAAAUCUCGGAACAAAUUAAGGCAAAGCAGUUGGAGCUAAGCACAAUCUUGAAAUAAAUGGAGAGAACAAGUGAAAACCGUGAGAGAGCUGUCAAGAAGUUGUACGAGGAGAAAAAGAAGUUGCAGAAGUGCUUUGACAAUGCCGGUCACGAUCAGGGAUUAUUACUCACAAUAUGCCUCCAAUACACCCAAGGGUGCGCAGCUCCCUCCGAGGUGAUUAAAUUUCUCUCACCUAUGGCUGUUCUGUAUAGAGUAUGGUAACUUUUGUCAAAAGUAUCGUUGCUACUAAAGUUCAUACAGGUUAAAAAGCUGAAACAUUUUAAAGAUCAUAGCUUACACUUCUGACUCAUUUGUAUCUCAAAAUUCUAACCUAUAUAUAUAUUUGGGUUGA